UCUCAAAUCCCCUUUCACACUUUCCCUAUAUAUACUCCAUUCUUGUACCCCAUACCAAGGAAUCAAUUCCAAUCCCCCUCUCAAGCCGAAGCUCAAAUCAAAUCCACAUUCUCUUUUUUUCCUCUUCUAUCUUUCAAAACAAGAGAUGACUCCUUCUACUUCCUCUUCCCAUGAGUCUCUCUUUCGAGACUUGUAUUUCUCAAGAAGAUUGCUCCUGCAUGGCCCUCUUCACCAAACACCAAACAUGGCAACUCCACCAUCUAGUGGAAUCCAUGAAGAAUCUCCGAACGACAACAGCUUCGACUCCAAUGUCGUGAUGGUCCUCUCAGUCCUAUUGUGUGCCCUAAUCUGCUCUCUAGGGUUGAAUUCCAUCAUUAGGUGUGCACUAAGGUGCUCCAGUUUGGUGUCCUCGGAGGCCAAUGGCCAUAAUGCGUCGGCUAGGCUAGCCAACACCGGAGUGAAGAAGAAGGCCUUGAAGACCUUCCCGGUCGUGAACUACUCGUCGGAAUUGAAGCUGCCCGGGCUGGACGCUGAGUGCAUAAUCUGCCUCUCGGAAUUCGCCACCAACGACCGGGUUCGGAUCCUACCCAAGUGCCAGCACGGGUUCCACGUCCGAUGCAUUGACAAGUGGCUCAACUCGCACUCCUCGUGCCCAACUUGCAGGCACUGCCUGAUCGAGACGUGCCAGAAGAUCGUGGGCUGCGGCAGCGCUCAAGCAAGCACUUCAGCACCAUCGCCAUCGCCGCCCACUCCAGCUAUCCAGAUUACCCUCGCGCCACUAGAGCCGGAGGGGCCAGUGCGCAAUUAUCGCGGGGUUAGCUAGCUAGGUAAGCUCAUGAUAGUUGAUUUCUCUUGUUAGGAAAAUAGUAGUUGGAGUUGGACAUUGUCGCGUAGGGGUUGUUAGCCAAAAAUGGUGGGUCACAAAACCCAACAAGGGAAAAAUAGCAGACAAGAUAAGUGCGUGUUCAUCAAAGUGCUACUUUUAGAUUCCCAUGUACAGGAGUUUGAGAUGAUGGCUUCUUUUGUUUGUUGUUCCUUGAUGUUUUAAGAACAUAUAAGAGAUUUUUAGCUUGAAUCAACCGAGCUCCACUUUUCUCUCCGCAA